AUUGAUACAAAUACUUUGAUGACGGUCUCAUCUGCAUAUGUGAUACCACCUCAAGAGAGCUACCAAGGCGCGCGUGCUUAGCAGGUGACCUCCMGUUGCAAACAGGGAACCCAUUCAACAGGAAAGCAAAAAAGACAAGAAAUGGGAKACGAAAACUCCAAGCAUCGAGGACAUUGUACAGUCAUAUCUUCACAUUUUUCGUGUUUUAUGUUGAAUUGAAACACUGGAUGAUUUUUGCAAGGAAAUUUGUUUAUUCCGAACGAACUGCUUUCCAAACUCCUUAUUGAAAUUUGAAUAAAUUUACAUAACUACUAUCCAUAAAAACAACAAGUCUGGUGUCGUUUAAGCAACCUGCGGACGAGCAAUUUGUAAUUUCUAUCGUUAGCAUUUAUAGAACAAUGCGAAAAUCACACGAGGRUGUUCCUUUGGAACCAGUAAACGAUGGCAGUAAAGAUACUUACGUGGUCAAUGAAAUCCCAAAAGGAAUGGCGCUGUAUACGAAAAAGAAGAUUUUGCUCGUAGCUCUUUUGUUGAUAAUUUUGAUCGUUAUUCUCCUGAUUAUUGUAAUCGUUUUAGCUGCUUUACUUGGAAAUGCAAAGUCCGAAGACAAAGUUCCCGCUGUUGUUGGUGAUUCACCUGGAAAGCCUGGAAAGGAAGGUGGUUCCAAACCAACUAAUACAACCAAACCCCCACCCUCCCUACCCAGUGGUCCUUGGGAUAACAUACGACUACCAAGAUCUAUCACUCCAUCGCACUAUAACAUGCACUUCAAUGUAGAUCCAAACAAAGAUGGCUUUAAUGGCCAUGAAAUGAUAACAGUAUCUGUCAGUGAAGAUAAAACACCUUACAUCUUAAUCCACUCCAAUGGCUUGAAUAUUACCAUGACAACAUUGUCAAAAGAAACAGAUCCAACACCUAUUGCUAUCAACAAAACAUUUGCUGCCCAAAAGAACAACUUCUUUGUUAUCAAGCCAAAUGAAGCAUUGUCUAAAGGCAGCUACGGACUGUUCUUGAAKUUUUCYGGUAAAUACAGGACAAGUCUUUUCGGUUUGUUCAAAGGAGUUUAUAGAGGGCAAAAUGAAAAGAAAGCGGCUUUUAUCUCGACACAACUCGAACCCCUCGACGCGCGCACGGUAUUUCCGUGCUUUGACGAACCUGCACUCAAAGCCACGUUUAAAAUAAGCUUUGCAUACCCCGAAGACAUGAUAGGAUUAUCCAAUAACGAAGUGGAGAAGGAGGAACUGAAAGGAGAGGAAAAAUGGACUUACUACAAAGUAACUCCAAAGAUGUCAACGUACUUGGUAUCGAUUGUCGUUGGUCAUUUUCAAUACAAGCAGAUGAUAACCUCUAGUGGCGUCAAGUUGAGAGCAUUUGCCCAACCUGGUAAUACUGACCAGAUGGAUUUUUCACUAAGAAUGGGUAACGAAACAUUGACACAGAUGGAAAACACUUUUGGCAUUAAAUACCCCAUGAAAAAGUUAGACUUUGUAGCUCCACCYGAGUGCUAUGUCGCGAUGGAAAAUUGGGGCUCUAUUCGUUUUGAGGAAGAUGGACUUCUUUACAAAAAGGAUUUUUCAUCUGAAGAAAUCCAGCAAAAUCUUUUGAUACGAUGGCUAGUACAUGAAAUAGUUCACAUGUGGUUUGGUAAUGUUGUGACAACCCAGUGGUGGAAUGAUAUCUGGCUGAAUGAAGCUGUUACAGACUUCUUUACYUAUCACGAUGGAUCACCAAAAGCUCUUGACAGCUGGAAAAGGGAUAAUCUAUUUAUUCACACCAAUGUCGGUGAUGCUUUGGAACUUGAUGGUUUGGUUAACAGUCGUCCAGUAGCCGAGCCGACGCCUGUGCCAUCGAUUGACACGUUCGAUGAUAUUGUUUACAAGAAGGGUUCUGCUCUCUUGAAUAUGCUUAAAAAUGUCUUUCCAAAGAAAGAAAACUUCAAUGCAGGAAUGAAGAAAUACCUGGAAGAUCACGCUUACGACAACGCCGUCAUGGCAGACAUGUGGAAAGCUCUACAACAUACGUGUACUGACAAGGAGUGCGCUGACUUCAAGGAGUUGAUGAAAACAUGGAUGACAGAGACCAACUAUCCCGUCCUUACCGUCAAGAAAGGUGAUGGUGGAAAGUACGUCGUUCAACAAGAAAGAUUUGUUUACGACAAAGCUGCCAAAGUCGACAAAAGGAUGUGGAGAGUGCGUUUCUCGUAUCUCUACCAUAAGGACAAUAGAUCUAUUGACGGAAAAAAGCAUCAAAAGGACGAUAAAUGGAUAAUGAAAGACGCUAAACCCGCUGAAGAAGUUGAGAUAUCAUGGGACGGUAAGGGAUGGAUUAAAGGAAAUCGUGGUCAGACAGGUUUCUAUCGUGUUAACUAUGAUGACGUAACCUGGGCGAGCUUGGCUGCUCAGUUAAUCCACUGGCACAAGGUUUUCUCUGAAGUCGAUCGCUAUGGUCUCAUCGACGAUGCUUUUAACCUCGUACGGGGAGGACGUCUAGGGAUCAAAAGAGCGCUCGAUAUAACUCAGUAUMUUUAUAAUAAAGACAGCCCAGAGAAAGACUACUUGCCUUGGGURGCUGUUCAGAAGAAUUUUGGUUAUAUUCUAAGUAUAUUACCUGAUCACAGUCAUACUGCCCACCAUUUGAAGAGAUACCUUGCCUAUCAAAGCAGCAAAUUCUACAACGAACUKGGAUUUAAAAACACAGGAGAUCAUAAUACAAAGUUGUUAAGAAUGAUCAUUGUAGGUUUUCAGUGCAAUGCUGGAAGCAGUUCAUGUCUUGGUAAUUUGACAGAUAUGUUUCGUAAAUGGAAGGCUGACCCUUUAACUACAAGUGUUACUCCAGCACUUCGUAAGCUUGUCUACUUUUACGGUGUUCGCCAGGGAACUCCACAAGACUGGGAAAAGGUGCUUAAACAGCUCAAAUCCAACAACAUCGCGUCUGAAUAUCAACCAUUGCUGAUGGGACUGGCUGGGUCACGUAAUAAAUGGACUUUGUAUAGAACCCUUAAACUAAUCGAUGACGAGAUGGUUGUGAAAGAGCAAUACGUCAAAUACCUUCUAGACGAUGUAGCCAAUCACAACCCAGAAGGGUCUGACGUCACGUGGACUUUCUUGCAGCUAAACUGGGAACAAUUGAAAGGGCAGAAUCCCAUUGGCGCGAUGAUCCAAUUCUUACCGACGAUAACAAAACGAUUUUCAACGCCAUACCAACUAGAGCAGCUUGAGAACUUCAUUAGUGCAAAUCUCAACGGUGAACCCAUGCCACGUCUACUGCGCAAGACCAUCGAGAUCGUCAAACUGAACAUUGCAUGGAGAAAAGCAAACGAGAACGAUUUGGAAGAAUGGCUGAAAGAAUUCAUAAAGAGUAAAAAUCUUCCUCCGGUGGGCAGCCAAUCAUAUUUCACAGAGCCAGCGUAAGGGACGCGCCGGGUGAAURCAUAUAAACUGAGWAUGGUAAUGACCCUCCUCAGUCCUUCGAUCGCGAUAAAGUUCGUACUUUAAAAACUAAGGUGUUAAACAUUUUGAUACUCAGCAUUGAAAUAUAAAUCGACUUUUUUGCUUUCCUUAUUGAUUAUGGUCUUAAUUCUCACAUUAUGACGUCAUACGAUUUUUGCCGAGAUGCACUAUGUAGCCCAGGCGGUGUUGGACACAGCGCGAAAAGGAUCCUGGGUAUUAAUUUUGACCAAUCAUGUUGGCCCAUUUCGAGUUUCGCGGGAAUCUCAAAAGCGAAGAUGGCGACGGCCCAGGACUCGAUAUGUGUGUACAAAAAUGCGUUUUUAGAUGAAUUUUGAAGCGCUGUAUGACAAAGAACACAAUAAAUAUUUUAUGCUUUUGUGGAUGUUGUAAUAUUUUCCGCAUAUAUUUUACAUUCAUUGCCAGACGUUUUUCAUGUUGUGAUCGAAAUAUUUAAUCAAUUGUCUUGAUAUUAACAAUGCAAAACGAGAAAUAAAUUCUUAAUGUCCUGGUUGCGUGGCGCACGAUGGCGCAGCAGUAUUUAUUCCCUUUUGAAGCAACUAAAGUUAGCGAAUUUUGAUUCUUCGUAGAAAUUAUGCUCUCAAUUUUACUUAUAUUUUUCGAUAUCUAUUAUGGGUUAUAUUUCAAUAUGUGUUUGUACCAUGUUUGUGGUAAGUUAAAAGAAUAUAAAAGAGUCUGUACAAGGCAUAAUAAUAAAGAAUUUGAACAAAAAACACAGUCAAAUUAAAUUUGUUGCGGCCGAGGUUUCCCGCCAAAAUUUUGACCUUGAACAACUUUUGACGCGAGCGUCACCUCUCUCAUAGUCAAGGUCAACUUCACUUUUGAAAUAUUGACAGUUUUAAGAUUGAAAAAGUCAAUCCCUUUUUUGCAUUUUUGCAACAUUUUAUGAUGUCAAACAAAGGAUUGUUGCUUGGAAUUGCAAAACAUGAGUGUCAUUCGUCAUAUCGCGGCUGAUUGUGAUUAACAUGUCUAUUUGGAGACCGCGGUAAGGUAUGUUUGUGCUUUCUCGUAAUAAAAUGAACUUAGUUUUCUCACAAUUGCUCGAAAAAUCCGAUCUUUUUAUAAGGUUUCAGUGUUCUAGCUUUCUUUUUUCGCAAUGCUACUGAGCUCUAUUAUGAGUUUUUACUUGUUUUCAGGAUACGUUUCAAGUUUUUCUCAGGUUUCGCCUUUAUUUUGCCUUUCAAUCAACUCCGACAGAGCUCCUCACAUCUCAAAGGUCAGUGGUAAAUGAAACCAUUUUUAAAUUUAAACCUAAGAUCCUUUUCGCGCUAUGUCCAACACCGCCUGAUGUAGCCAUGUUGUUGUUGUUGUAUUUCAGGCUAUUUUAAGAGAAAAAAACAUCCUCAGACAAUUCUUUGAGUAUAUACCUAUAUCAACAAAGUUGUUGGGGAGAAUGGCGAACGACAGGCAAUGUUCAACGACGCUAUUUUGUGAAGCAAAGCAUGAUGGUAGUUGUAGUCCUCCAACUUUUCAGCCACUAAAAUAUCUCCUCCAAAGCCGUUUUUACAUCUUCUUUUUAGAAACGUCAUAAAUAAUUCUAUUUUCGAUUAGAAAAAGCAAAUCUGCUAAGGAGGACGGUUCUAUUGGACAUAAAAAAGUACGACGACUACAACUAACAUCAUCCUUUGCUGCACAAAAUGGCGUCGAAGCGAGAUUGGAUGACCGAAAGGGACUUUGGUUACGCUCUUUGACAUGCAACAUGUCACUUGUUGGGUUCACAUUCAGUGAAAAUGGAGACUAAACGGAACCAAUGUUUACUAAAGACUAUCUUACAGUAGAAAUCAGUUGUUAUUUGCAUCGCCAAGCAGUACCCAUGGAUCCUUUCGGUCGUGCAACCUCCGUUCGACAAUUGCGAUUCGUUAUCUGACAUCCUUUUUUGAAAUGGGUGUAUAUCUUAUUCCAUCUUUUUCUUAAGMAUUCUUGACAACCCAUGACGUAAAUUUUAAUUUGAAAAGACUGAUGGAUGAAUGCUUUCAUCAAUACCAUUAUGCACUAUGCCAAAACAAACGUUUUAAAAACAUUUUUUAAUUAAAAUAUCUAGAAAAACGUUAAUUUCAACGCAAUUAGAAGCUAAACAAAAAAUAUCAAAAGGGAUUGUGGAAGKGUAAACACAAAACUUCACAAUGGCUCAGCUGAUUUAGUGCAUGAGUCUCUCUAUCGAAGAUAAAGAAAAGCACCUGAUCUAAACUAUAAAAUAACUGUACUUCUAACGAAUGCACUCGUUUUAAAUUUGACUUGUUUCUGACCUUGGCUCGUAUCAUGACACGUAAGUCGUAACUGUUUUAAAAUUUUUAACGUACAUUUAGUUGCUUUUCAAUAAAAGUUCUUAUUACAUGAA